UCUUUUGCAGAACACGUCUUCCACAGCCUGUUUGCAGAGGACAGCAGCUGUUAGCCUAAAGCUUAUCCUAGCAAGCUGCAGACCAUGCCGUUGGACGCCCCUACUGACUCUAGGUGCCCCAUGUGCUUGGACAGAUUUGAAAGUAUUGUGUAUCUAGAUCCUUGCUGGCACAAGUUCUGCUUCCGUUGUAUCCGAGAAUGGUCCAAAUUCAAAGCAGAUUGCCCACUCUGCCAACAGCCCUUCUUUUCUCUUUGUCAUACAGUUCAUGCUGAAGAUGACAUAGCUAGGUCAUCAGAAAAUGAAUCUUUUUCCUACUCUGAUCUCAGCAGCAUCAAUUUUACUGAAAGAAUUUCUGACUUAGAGGCAUGGGAUCAGCAUGCCAAUUAUGACUAUCCUACACCAUCGCACAAUGAAGAAAGCAGCUCAGACUCAACUGUUGCAGACUUUCCAGAUGAGGUGAAUUCUCAAGAGAGAGAGCAUGGUUCAUCUGAGCAUAGUGUUGAUUGGCUGUCCUCGAAUGAUGAAACUCCAGGUCCUUCGUAUUCCUCUUCGGAAGAGUAUAAUGCAGCCAUAACUUCUUCAGAGUUAGUAGAAAGCUCUAAUGACGACUCUCUUUGGGAGAGAACCACACUGCAGCCUCAGUUACAAGUCAGUGUUGACUCCGGUGACAGUAACUCUUCAUUAGAGUAUCAUGAUAUCUCUGACUACGUUUAUGCUGACAGGACACCAGAACUGACUGUGCUGUCCUCAGACUCUGAGGACUCCAUCAGAGAGAGGAAAAGGGAAGAUACAAAGAAAGAGCAGUCAAUCCAGGGUAGCAGCUUGAGUGACAGAGAAUCACAAAGGGCUUCAACACCCUUCCCUCUGUACAAGGAGCAUGUGAGUAGUUGUCAAAGCCCCUUGCUUUCCGUCAAGAGGAUAAUGUCAAAGGAUGAACAGAAGAACAAAGAUCAUUCUCCACAUGACUCAGACUGGAGUCUGCCUCUAGGAAUGGAAAAUGCAUACUCUCCUCGUAGUCAGAGACUGUCCAGAAAGAGAAAGACCAGGAGUCCGCAGAGCAGUGAGGACAGUCAUGACUAUUGGCCUCGGAAGAAGCAUUACCUUGUUAAGUACCCGUCUAAAAAGAGACUACCAGAAAGCAGACAGUGUAGCAAAUAUUGGAGCAAAAUAAGCAGGUGGUCAAGGCUCCAUGACAGGAGCCCCACCCUGAAAGGCCAGACAGAGUCCAGUAGUUGUGAGAGCAGUAGCUCCAGAGAUUCAAGCAGAUCGUGGUUGUAUCACAAAGGCUAUGGCCAAAGGAAGUCAAGCAGCCUAGACAAGGAUUGUUCUUAUAGAAGACUCUGUUACCAAAGCAGUUAUCUGUUACACAGUCCAAAGACAGUUGGAGAAGGCUCCUCCUGCAGUAAGAGCACUCAGCCUGAAGCUCACUGUUCAAGCAAGUCUCCUAGUCUGGAAUUCAGGAGCCAGUCUUCCACCAAAAUGACAGAUCUGCAAAGCCAGAUAGGAUUCCAUGAGAGGCAGGACUCCUGUUACAAACAACGCAGAUCAAGGAGCCGAUCAAGCUCCAGAUCAAGGAGUCCCCCUGGAGAGGCAGACAGAACAAAAAGCGAAAAGCCUGGUGGAAAGAGAAAGUGCAAAACUCGACACUUGGAGAACACAGAGAAGGAGAGCACCAGUAUGGUGAGAAAAAAAGACUUCCCAACAUUCAGUGGCUACUACAAAAUAAGGCCAAUCUCAGCCAUCCAAGAAAGUAGUGAGAUAAAACAUGAGGAAAAAAGUGAAAGUAUGGGAAGUACAAGUAUGGAGGGAGUCUAUGAAGGGACAGAAACAAUGAAGUGUGCUUUAAAGAAAAAGUGUAAGAAGAAACACCAGGAACAUCACUGGAAAGAUGCAUAGUUCUUACAAUUUAUUAUGAUUUAAUUUUUUCUGCCAGAUUCAUGUGCAUGGAGUAAAUUGAUCUCUGCUGAAAAGUAGUAAGCAGUUUCUAUGUAUUGAAUAGAUCUUCCAGAAGAAUAAGUUAUAUUGAAAUAUUAAUAAAGAAUUUAUGGUCUAAAAAGCAAAUACAUGGUCUGUAUACUUUGUUA